CUAUUAAAAAAAAAAAAAAAAGUUACGAAUGCAACCUAACCGUUAGUCUUGUCUCGCGGGGACCAUCUGCUUGGCAGUGACAUCUAAAUAGAGUCGGCAAAAAUAUUAAUAUCUAUUUUGGGGAUAUGUUUUAGUCAGCUAGUGGUUUUUGACUUUGUGGCUUGAAAGUGACCAACCGCCAAGAGCACCCCCGGGAAUGUUGGCUAGCGUCAGUUAGCCAGCUAGCCUUAGCUAAUAUUGGUGGAGCGAUACAAGUUGACUGUGGCCGGUUUCAUCGAGCUUCACCUCCCCUCCGGAUGGAUGAACACAAGGAGAAUAUUCACGACAAAGAUGUCAAUGUGAAGAUGUCUUCUCAAACACGGAAAGAUGAAAAGCAUCAGGCAAAAGCGUGCACGACGGGAGAAACUGUCCCACAAGUGUCUUCGGCUCAGUCUAAAGGUGAAUACAGCGACCCUGUUUACAAAGAGAUUGCUCUGGCUAAUGGCCACAUCAACCGCAUGACCAAGGAUGAGCUCCGGGCAAAGCUGGCAGAGCUGAAUCUGGAUACAAGAGGAGUGAAGGAUGUGAUGAAGAAGAGACUGAAGAGCCACUACAAGAAGCAGAAGCUGAUGCAGUCUGUAGCAGCAGGAGGGCCCACUGAUACCUACUAUGACUACAUCUGUGUGGUGGACUUUGAAGCAACAUGUGAGGAGGAUAAUCCCCCAGACUACCUUCACGAGAUCAUUGAAUUCCCAAUGGUUCUUAUCAACACGCACACCCUAGAGAUUGUGGACACCUUCAGAGAAUAUGUAAGACCAGAGCUGAACACACAGCUGUCCGACUUCUGCGUAAAUUUAACAGGAAUUACACAGAAAAAAGUUGAUGAAGCAGACACAUUCCCAGCAGUCCUCCAGCGAGUUGUACUCUGGCUUCAAGAGAGGGAGCUUGGAACAAAGUACAAAUAUGCCAUCCUGACUGAUGGAUCUUGGGAUAUGAGCAAGUUCCUCAACAUCCAGUGCCGAGUAAGUCGGAUCAGAUACCCACAGUUUGCAAAGAAGUGGAUAAACAUAAGGAAGUCCUACGGCAACUUCUACAAGGUCCCACGCACACAAACUAAGCUGAGCACCAUGUUGGAGAACCUGGGUCUGAAAUACGAGGGCCGCCCCCACUCUGGCCUGGAUGACUCGCGGAACAUUGCCCGUAUAGCGCUGCGUAUGCUUCAGGACGGGUGCCAGCUGCGUGUCAAUGAGCGUAUGCACGCCGGCCAGCUGCUCCCGGUGCCCAGCUCGGCUCCUGUGGAAGGAGCCCCACCACCACUGAACCCCCGCAGCAGGGACUAGAUCCAACCGCUUCCCCAAGACUGAGCCUUGUGCAUAUUGGCCUUAAAACAGGCACCACAUACCUGUUUUUACCCCCAUGACUUGAAAAAAAAAAUUCCAAAGCACUUUCACGGUCUUGUUGUGAUGUAGUCCAUUUUGAUUUAGGUGCUAGAAUCAUGUAGUUAGACUAUGUCAUAUACUAGUUUGGGUUAGACCGUUUUAUUGGCCUGAUAAUUCCUUUGAUUUGAAACUUGAUCAGUCAGUGUUGUUGACCUGAGGUAAGGAGGUUCCUCCCUGAUCACAGCUUUUCAAUAUGUUUGUGUUAUUUUGAUAUCAAAUGUCUGACCAGUGAAGUCAUUCCUGAGUGGUGCAGGAGGAUUCUCCUUAACGGCUUCAGGGGUCAUAGUGUCUAAAACCUACAAAGAAACAUAUCACACGCUCCUAAAACUGAAAUGGCAUGGCUUUCAGUGGAGAGUUUGUUUCCCCAGAGAAUCUAAAUGCUGCCUCCACCCUGACAACUGUUGAAUUCUGACACAAACACAGAAUACUUGUCAUUUUUUAGGCAUGAUAUUAGUCUUAUUUCCGAUUUAAAGAUGUUGAUUAUCAGCAGCUUCAAUCCAGAUGUAUUGGCCUUCAAAACCCAUAUUUGUCUAACCCUGUAACUAGUAUUAUGACCAUUACACGAAUGUUGCCGCUGCUAUUCCUGUGCCAGUGUGUCAAGUGCUACAUUAACAAAACAAUGUCAAACCGUUUGUCUGUUAACUUUGUCCAGAGUAUACCAGACGUCUGGACAGUCCUGUGAACGUUGACUGUGUUUCCUCACAGAUUCUGCAGUGUAUGACAGAUUUUUAUCAGAUAUUUGUACAGGGACACCCUUAAUUUUGGUUUCAUGCUCAUUGCACAGGAUAUGAAAUGACUCUUGAUUUGACCAGGUUCUCCUUUAUGAACAGUGUAAGAAAUUCAGUCAAAAGCCAAGUCUGCUCUGAGUUUGAUGUAAGCCUGUUUGAUGGGAUUCAGUCGUCUUUGUACAGACAUGAACAAGUUUUUAUUUUGUGAAACAUGGUAUAUUUUAACAGGAAUAAAUAUUCUUCAAAAUGAGUGAA